AUCAAUUGUAAGUUAGUUACCACGCACAUCAUUCGUUCUUUUGAACAAUACUCUUCAACUAGAUUCAAGUGAUUUCUCUAGAAAUGUCACAAAAUUCAACAGGCAAUUUGACGGAAUACUACGUGAAAGAUGACAAUAUAUCGAAUAAACAAGAAAAGUAUACUUACGAGUCACUACUACUAACAGCCCAAUAUUUACUGGAACGAAUUUCGGUUAAGCCACAAGUCGGAAUAAUUUGCGGGUCCGGAAUGGGUGCGUAUUGGCACGAAGGAUGUUUGGCCGAUGCCCUGGACAACAGACAAGAAUUUCCUUACGAAACAAUUCCCCAUUUUCCUGUGAGCACAGUGGACGGUCAUGUGGGAAAAUUAAUUUUCGGUAAUCUUUCUGAUGUACCCGUUGUAUGUAUGCAAGGCCGAUUUCAUUAUUACGAGGGAUAUCCUCUAUGGAAAUGUGCGAUGCCAGUAAGAGUUAUGAAAUUAAUUGGUGUUACGCAUUUAAUUGCAUCCAAUGCGGCUGGAGGGCUAAAUUCUGACUAUAAAGUUGGGGAUAUUAUGAUAGUGCGAGAUCACAUUAAUAUGAUGGGUUUUGCUGGUAACAACCCUCUUCAAGGACCAAAUGACGAAAGAUUUGGUCCCCGGUUUCCACCAAUGAAUAAAGCGUAUAACAGUCACUUAAUAGAUCAAGGGAAGGAACUAGCUCAAAAACUUGGAAUACAAGAUUGCGUGCACGAGGGAGUUUACACCUGUUUAGGAGGACCAAAUUUUGAAACAGUGGCCGAGCUACGUAUGCUAAAGAUGUUAGGGGCAGAUGCUGUAGGAAUGUCUACUGUACAUGAGGUUAUAACAGCAAGACAUUGCGACAUGGAUGUAUUUGCAUUCAGUUUAAUCACAAAUAUUUGCGUCAUAGAUUACGAAUGUCAUAAUAAACCUAAUCAUGAAGAGGUCAUGGACGUUGGAAAAAUGAGGCAAGAUGUUUUAAAAUUGUUUGUGAAAAAAUUAGUCGAAUAUAUUUCGCAAAAAUGAAACAACUAUUUCGUCCGAUAACAUUCCAGCUGGUGGAAAAGUUUGUUUUUUGUUCCCAUUUUUUAGUAUAUAGCUUCAAAUUGUAAAGUUACUGUGUAACUGUUUAAUAUAUAUAUAUAUAUAGUCUCAAAUCAAAUGAUUUUGUAUAUGUAA